GUCACCACUUAAGAGUAAAUAUGUGAAAGGUCUCAGAUUGUGACCAGGCGUCAAGGGUAAAGCGCGGUGACGGAUGCAGAACUUCACCUUACAGUGGACGUUUAUGAGAAUUCUAAGAGCAAAAAGCUCCCCUCUCAUGGAAAUUGAAAUAUGCUACUCAGCACUUUCAGCUUUGAUGAAUUUGCUCGAUUUACAGAACAGAUUUUUUUUUUCUUCAUGUCAACCGCCAGAGAGUAUGAAGUAAAUGACACCCUGUCAUUCAGUUCAGAGCUUUGGGAAUAACAGAACACUUAGCAGUUAAGAUCAUUUGGUUUCCCUCACAUCUGUGCAGUUUCCUUUAUGCUGGAUAAAAUCAUAAUGCAUUGUGUCUUCUUGAAGGUAAAGGUUUCUGAGGGCCAGAACUGUUCUGGGAAAUAUUAUCAAGUGGUACUAAAUUUUGCAGCCUCAAGAACAUAGAAAAUAACCUAUAAAUAUGUUUAUGCCGAGCAGAGAGCUUCAUGAUAACGCACAAUCUACAUGUACCACAUCUGUCCAACCCUCCCAACUGAAUUCCAUAAACUUUACUGGAUCUCCUAACAAACCAAAGCAAGGUGGAUUCAGGAAGGUCUGUUCCACUGGAGAACCAAUCCCAUGUCCAAUCCCAGGACUGACGUCUGAGGUUCUGGAAAUGCGUGUGAAGGAAGGUAGCAAAAUUAGGAACCUUUUGGGUUUUGCCAUGUCUCGAUUUCAAGGCGACGGACAGACGGCUCCAACGUCGCAGGUUCUGUUCAGUGGGACGGGACGGGCUGUGACCAAAACCAUCACCUGUGCGGAGAUAAUGAAACGGAAAGUGCAGGGCUUACACCAGGUGUCAAAGCUCCAGUACAGGACAGUGACUGAGGUGUGGGAGAGCCAGGAGAGCGGCCCGGUUCAGAUGACCAUCCACAGAACUCUUCCUUCCAUUUGCAUUCUUCUGUCCAAAGAACCGCUGGACCCGCAGGAGCCGGGAUAUCAGCCUCCAGUCGAAACGCUCUCGGAGGAAAGCAAAUGGGCAGAUGGACCACAUGGGAGUGGAAAGCCAGAAAAAAGACCACCGAGUCCUUGUUCUGAUGAUCUUCCAAGGGUUAAAAGAGCUGCUCUGGGACAAGACAAAGUUGCAGUUUUCGAACCAGUGAAAAAUUGUUGAUAUAAAAGUAUUUACUUAGAUAACUUGCUAUAUUGGCUUAUAACUGUCAUACAAUUUGGUCAUAUCAGGAUGCAAUAAAUAUGAAUGUGUAAUUUGAGUGAUAAAAUGCAUGAAGUAGGCUAAUUUUGUUAGUAUUACCGCAUUAUAGUCUGUGUUUAAAUUACAUCCAAAAUAUAAAACCAAAUAAUUUAUUGUCAGCUAGUUCUCUUACUCAUUCACUUUCAUCUUGCCUGCUCAAUGUUCUUCAUAUGUUUAUUCAUUUGGUAACACUUUAGAAUACUGUUCCAUCAUUAAUGAAUAACUAGGAACAAAUGAGUAACAAAAUAUUAACUACUAUGAACUAACAAGGAACUCUGGUUAACAAAUUAGUAAGUAACAACACUCAUUUGAAUGUUGUAGUUCACUAUUAGCUAAUAUCUACAUACCUCCCAAAAGGAAUAGUAAGAACUACUAUAUACAGGUUCAAAAUUAAUGUGACUAAUGCAUAAAGUGUUAUUAAUUCUAAAGUGAAGAUCAUGGUAACCCACUAAUAAUGACUCAAGUAUUACCAAAUCUUUCAGAAGGAAUUACUAAUUUGGAACAGUAUUCUAAAGUGAAAAGCAUGUUAACGCCCUGUAAUGGCUUAAGUCAUUGUAAGCUUUAGAGGUUUUUGUAAGGUUUUGGAUAGUAAUGACUCAAGUUUUGCUAUAUCCUUCUAAAGGAAUUACCGGUGUUGGGGGUAACUCAUUACAAGUAGCCUAGCUUGAGUUACGUAAUCAGAUUACUUUUUUCAAGUAACUAGUAAUGUAAAGCAGUACUUUUAAAUUUACAACAAAAUAUCUGAGUUACUUUUUCAAAUAAGUAAUGCAAGUUACUUUGUUUUCCCAUUUACUGACUGACACCUCUCCUGUCCCCAUGUUGAGAGAAAUCGUGAGUAAGUGCAGAGGCGUUGUGCGUGCCGUGUGAAUAUGAUGGGUAUUGUAGUUCUAGACUAAAUGUGAACAUGCAUUUACUCAUCUCACUUGCACAAAAACAGAUUCAAUAUUGUCAUAAUGAAAAAUGAAAUGCAAACUCAGAAUAUUCUACAA